AUGUUUUCUGUUUCCAUGCUAUUCACUUGCUUUCAUCAUUGCGAUGCCAUGUUAAAUGAGCAUAUUUUGCCGACACUAUGUCUGCCGUUCUACCAAUCACUAUUCCGCACUUCAGUUCGUUAUUUGUUCUUUUGUUGCUCUAGCACCUUUAGAGGGUCAUUCAACGAAAAUCUUCCCGGGGCAUCCUCUCUUCGAUCGGAUAAGAAAAUUCCUGUCGGUCGUGUUCAACCCAUGAUCAAGCAUGUUUCCUCCACCACUUGCGGACCUAAUCGCUUUUUGCCAUCACCUUCGUCGAAUAUUGUGCAGAACGCGUUUGGACCUUCUGUUUACAGCGAACUCAGCCUGCAACCGCACCAGCAAUGCGGGGCUGCUCAAUGCGCAGCUCAUGUUUUGUGCCAUCGAAGAUCUCUCUGUUCUUCUGAUAACCCUUCACUCGGCUUUGUUUCCAAUGGUGCCAAUUACCACAAGCAGCCAUCACGACUGCCUUUCGCGUGCUCCGACUCUCAAACGCAGUCUGCACGACACUUAUCUGCGGCGCACGCAGCUGCGGCUGCUUACCACAAUUUGAUGUAUUUUCAGCUCCAGCAACAACAAGUUGCCGCAUCGUCCGUCAAUCUUCCAGCCGGCCCCACUGGUAAUCCGAUCCACUUGCACCCCUCCCACCAUUGUGCUUCAUACACGGCCACGUCUGUCCAGCUCCCCGUGUUAGCCGAAUCUUGUUGGCCUUCAGCCAAGCCGGCAGCCCCCAAGCUGGAUGAUCCGACCGCAGCUGCGGCUGCUUCUUACUACGCCGCGGCAGCGGCAGCUGAACUGAAGCUGUUAAUCAACCAACGUUCCGUCCAGUUGGGAAAUCCAAACGUCCUAUCGGCUGCCGCAGCUGCCGAGCAGCGUCAACAGCAGUUUGAGUUGGAAUUACUUCGGCAACAAGCCCAGUCUAAUUUGGCUAACAAGUUCUGAACGCAACUAAGCACGCCCCAGACAUUUAUUCGUUUUUUUGCUUGUUACUGCUUUCGUUGCUUCCACUACUGAACUACCUCUAUUUGUUUGUGAUUCUGAGGCACUCGCACAUCUCUAUGCUGUGGAUCGUUUUUUCGUUCCUUUAUUCCUCUAUCGUAUGCUUGUCUUUCAUGCGUUUGGGUGCGUACCCGAUUCUCUACUCAGUCAUCUCUCUUCCAUCGUCUCUUGCAUUCCUGCCUAACUUCUGGCUACGUUUCUGUCUGAAACGCCUUUGUUCCCUCCUUUAAGCAAACCAGAGACGAAUUCUGGCAGGCCUCACAUUUUUGUUCUUAUGGUAUUGUUCCAUUGUACAUACUUGAAUGAUUAUCCCCUUAUUCACCAUUCUUUGUAAUCGCUUGCUUACAUGUUUGCACUUCCAUUCCGUCAAACGGUUCGGUAUUUAUAAUGUGCAUCAAUGGCUGAUGAACACACAUGCUCUCCGUUUUCAUUGCUGCAUCUGACCUCCCUCUUUCUCUUUCACCUUGAUUGCACACUUUUAUCUUUCGCCCAUGGUUUUUCUCUCUUACACACACACACACACACUACUGUUUGCGCAUUAAUUCACACAUCCAGUAUGUGUGCACUCUGUGAUUCUGAUUUGGUGUACCCCACCAAUAAUGUUUCAUUCGAGUCAUUUCUUUCAUGUGCUUGGUUGAGGCUUCUUUGUUCGCGUUCUAUAUAGUUGCGUUUUGCUCUUCCGCCAUUCCGACAACGUGCUGCUCACCUUCACGCAUUCGAUGCGU